GAACAUGGUUCUGAAUGUCACCUUUGUGCAUCUCCAAUGGAAUCCACCGCAACGAAUCAGACUCCCUCUCCAAGCUCCACCGUUGACGAUGCAUGUGGCGAUGGUGUCUAUACCGAUGAAUUUACCAAAAUACCCCCGGACUCACCGCGCGACUGCAGCGAGGAUGAAGAAGAUAGCGUUGACUUCAGCUACAAACAAGACUCCAGUUUGGUUCCCAUAGGAUUCGAGUCACAUGUGACUGGUUCAGGAUCUGUAGACAAGAACCAUUCACCUGAAACUGAACAUGUAGUUCGAGCAAAAGAUUCACAAACUGAACGUGAUUCGUUUGAAGAUGAUGAUGUGGAGACUGUAAUCAAGAACCAGCACGAGUAUUACUUUUACUGCCCCUGCUGCGGUGAAGAUAUCACCAAAACAGUCAAGCUCGUGAAGAAAUCAGAUCUCCAACCCGCCAAAAAAACUGACAACGCAAAUGAGGCUACUGACACUAAUAAUGGUUCAAGAUCCCAAGAUAAGAAGACAAAGGUUUCGUCAUGGUUCCCUGUUCAUCUUCAGCAGCUGUUCCAUUCUGUUUAUGGCCACAUCAAAGACAAAGGCAAGAUCAUAUGGGUUGAUUCUUCAAAGUCAACUACUAUCAAUGAUCUUGGCACCGAUGAUGAGGAACCGAGCAUUGAUGUCAAGACUGAGAAAGACAGACCGAGUUUUCCCAAGUGGUACCUGGAUGUUUUUGCUUGGUUGUUCCUAUGUAUUAUGAUCGCUCUCUCUGUCCUUUCCAGUUCCACCUCUCCACAGCAAUCACCGUCUUUCAUUCCAUUGCAAUUGGAACUUCCUUCUGUCUCUUCAUUGCCGCUGCCUUCAGCUUCCAUACUUUGGUUGCUUCCAGCGUUUGCGGUAUUGUUUCUCGUCGUUAUGGCAAUAAGGUCCCGUUACAGUCCCAUAUAUCACAAGAAGAAAGGCGACAAAGAGGCUGAUUCACAGUCUACUGAUACUACUAGUGAAGAAAAUAUUAAGAAAACUCAAGCUGCAGAAUAUGACCAAGAUUCUGACAAAAAGACAGACAACCAAAAAGUUCACCCAGUUCCGGUAGAUCCUCCACCACCACAGGAGCAACCAUCUAUGCAUAUUGCCAAUAAGGAAACUCAUGAAAAUGUAGAGAAAGAGACACCAGCUAAAACCCAAGCAGAACCAGCUACUCAGCCAGAGACUACAAAGAGUGUUGAACCUGGCAAAGGAGGUAAUAAACUUGAAAUCUUGAAAAGUAUAGUGUAUGGAGGUCUGACACAAUCCAUCACAAGUCUUUGCACCGUAACAUCCGCAGCUGCGUCUGGUGCUUCAACUCUGAAUGUUUUGGCCUUGGGAGUUGCUAAUUUGUCGAGCGGUCUUCUUCUGAUUGUUCACAGCCUCCAAGAGUUAAUAAACGAGAAACCCAAAACAAGAACCAACACUGAUGAUCAGAAAGAAUCAGACGUCGAAGAAGAAGAAGAUAGGUACGUGGAAGCUCUGGGGAGAAGAGAUAGAUGGUGGUUUCACAGACUGAUCGCAAUCUCGUCUUUCGUCGUGUGCGGUCUGAUCCCACCUCUUGUAUACGGCUUCUCGUUCAGAAGAAGAAUAGAAAAGAAGCAAGAGUACAAGACUUUAGCUGUUUACGCAGUGUCUCUCCUCUGCAUCAUCUUGCUCUCUGUUGCGAAAGCUUACGUAUCGAAGAAGCGCGAGUAUGCCAAGACUCUGUUUAGGUACACGUCGAUGGCCACGACCGCGUCGGGAUUCUCUACGUUCAUGGGGUACUUCGUAAACCAGUGGCUUGAGAAAAGCGGGUUUUAUGAUGAGACAACCGAAACUCCGCGAGUUUGAGACUAUUUGGUCUUUCACUUCCAUUGUCCUUUUCUUACCUUUUAUAGUUUCGAAUGUUUUCCAAAGUAAAAGAACUUUAUCUUUAUGGAGAAAUAAAGUAGACAGGCAGUGUUCAAUGAGACAACAGAUAACCUUUUUGUCAGAACAAUUUUUUUUUUUUGAGAGACGUUUAG